GGGAAGCGCCUGGUCAGCUGAUCCGUUCCCCGCCGGUCGUCACGUGAUGGUGCUGACAGGCGCCGCUGCUCCCGCGAAGGCCAUGGAGUGACGGGAAGGGCCCCUUUCGGCGUCCGCCGGUUCCCCCCGCGCCUGAGCUCCGCCGCUCCGCUCGUGCCCCGCUCUGCAGACGCCGGUGAGUGAGAGGCCCCGGCGGCAGCCCCCUUAGGGCAGGCUGGACCACUAGGCCCCUGGUGCCUCGUCCGGAAAGGAGGCAGGUUCCCCGCUUCCCUUCGCCCUGACCUCUGGCUCUCCUUACCGAGAGGGUGGCCGGAGGGCGGAUUUCUCUCCUGGGGACCGCUGGGUUUUUUAAUGGGUGCUCUCAAGCUUGCUUCCCCGCGCCCCACUCAGGUCUUCCCAUUGGUGGUGUCUUAAUAUUAUUAUUAUUAUUAUUAUUAUUAUUAUUAUGGAUUAGCGGCGUCAGUGGGGCACGGCGGUCAUUUGCGGGCUAGAUCCCACUUCCUGAAAUAGUGCAGUGCGUGUAAAGGCUGGCGCCACGGCGAAGCUGCCGACCUAAGCUUUCGCAUGUGGGGGUAGUAACAAGCGAAAUCCUGCAAAUCUGUUCCUCGCACGUUGACAGGAGAAAGGCAGAAGCAAAGGACGAGCCCUUCACAAACAAACGUGUCUUUAUUUUUUCCGUGUGGAGGGUCUCUUCAAAGAGCUGGAUAUCCAGUCACAUUGCAGUUUAGUUAAGUGUACUGAUUCUCCCUCCCCCCUUCCAAUUAUUUAAAUCAUGCUGACAUACCAAACUCAUCUUGCAGAUUUGUGUGUUCUUUUACGACUUUGUUCAUUCAACUCCUGCCACCCAGAAUAAAUCAGAUCUCUAUAAAAAAAUACUUUGCUGGCAGGCUGUCUAUUGUUGAGUCUUGUGACAGCAAUGUGAAAAGAUGUCCUCUAGAUCAAGGGUGGGCCCUCCAGAUGUUGCAGCCCAACUCCCAUGACACUUAUUGGUCACGCUGGCUGGGGACUCUGACAGCAUCUGGAGGGCCACAGACUCCUCACCCCUGGGCUGGGAGUCUUUGGUUUGAAAUAUUUUUAUAUUGUUCCUUAAACAGAUUGCUCUCUCCUUAAAAAAGAACUGCUUUCUGUAAGUUCCCCUCAGCAUUGUUCUGCAACACAAGGGAAAGCAGUUUGUCUUUAAAAAUUCAGUAUAGGUAGAUUAAUUUGAGUUGGUUUAUCAGAACUUAACCCUUAGAUUUAUCUAGUGGUUAGCCAAAUAUAGGGUUCCACUGCCUCCAGGCUGUCACUAUUUGGAGGGAUGGAUUCAGGCACAUACCAGGAACUUAGUUUUGCACAGUUAAAGUGCUAUGUCACUCUAGCACAAGAAAUCCAUUUUCUGUGGUUAGGGAAAUGGAAGGGAAAUGCACUGAAAAGUGAGAUAAACAACUGAUUAACAGGAAGACAAGCACCCCAUAAGUGAAUUAGGAUGAAUUCUCCUUGUCAUGUAACCGUCCUGUAAACAAAUGCUCAAUAAAGAACAGACAUAGCUGAACCACCUUGUAAGCUUAGUGUAAGCAAAUGGAAGAAUGCUGAAUUAAUGGGUUUAUUCAGUUUAACAUACUACUGCUGCUUUUAUGGUAUUCCUUAAUACUAGCGAUUCCUCUAAAGAUAAGCACUCUUUAAAAAAACAUUACUUUUCUCUUCAUUUCAAAAAUACCAAUUCUUAUACAUAGAUUACUCAUUCCUAUUUCUAUUUAGUUUUAAUCCACUUGCAUUUUUAAAUGUGUGGAUAUCUUAUUCUGGUUUAUUUAAAUGCAAGGCUGCUUUUGCUAGGACUAAGGAAAUUGAGAUAGGAAGAUCUAAUAUGUUAUUGAAUUGUUAAAUAGUAUUUUCUGUAAAGAGCAAUGGAAAAAAAGUUUAGUGAUAAUGGAUACAUAGACUAUACUUUCCCCUACGUUCAAGGAUUGUGAGUGGGGAGAAGUGACUAGAAGAUCCAGAGACCCUUUUUCACACAGCUCUGGUGCUAGGUGACCUAUGUUAAUCAGCACAGGAGAGUGCAAGUUGACAAUUGAAAUUGACACCUUUAACACAAGUUCCCUAUUUAAAAGUUCUAGGCUAUGGUAUGUGAAUUUUCUUCUCUUCCUUUUUUCAUUCUCCUGUGUAAACUGUAUAAGUAAUGUCUGAAAUCAAUCUCAGUACUUCCUUAUUCUGAAUAGAGUUCAUUGUGCAAACUCUAAGAACAGUUGAAGUAGUUUCUUCCCCUCCCCCCCCAAAAAACCCUCCAUCCAAUGAAUUGUCAAUGACACAUCUUUGCAGAGAAUGCACUUGAAGUUACCCUGAGAGUUCAUUCAAGAAAAAACAGCCAUAAUUUUGUGUGCUCCAUUUUGGCUAGACAUGAAUCAAUUAUACUUCUUAAGAGAUGUAGUUUCAGUCCUGUGAGGAAUAACAAAAGGGGAUUUUGAUUUGGGUGCACAUUUUCAGUUCACAUUUUUAGCAUUUUAUUAAACUGUUUGAGUAGAACUUUACUAUUGUUGUUGUUUAAGCAGUUGUGGAAGUGUUGUACAAUGUGCUAAUAGUUCUCAUGAAGCCUAAUUAGCCCUAAAAGCAAAGUGUAGCACUUCAGCUUCGCAAUUCAGUAAUAUAGCAAGUAAUAGCCUAAAAUAUUCCACAGUCUCAUACACUCAUUUUGUUAUAGGAGCUGAUAGGAAGUUACAAGUCCUACGCUUUCUAGUGUAUUAGUCAUAUGAAUAUCAGGGAGGUUGCGUAAGUUUGGCCUGCUGGGCUCCUACAACAUCUUUAGAAGUUACAUGGCUUGCUGCUAUUCAAAACUAUGUGAAUAGAUGUUAGGAAGGUUACAGUUGAGUUUAUUGUGCUUUGUGUUGAUGCAAGGUUCUGUUGCCUAGCAAGAUAGGUGUCCUGAGAAAUAUCACCACAUUUUUGGAAGGGCCCCUUAAAGGCAAGUUAUUAUACACUAGAGGGAAAAACAAAUAAACUUCCAUAGCUAGGGGUUCAUCAAGAAACAAAACUUUGAGGAGAGGGGGAUGAGUGACUGUCAUAAACUGUAUUCUUCCUAGUAUAAGUAUAGUAACAGUAUUUCCUUUUUAAAAUGGUUAUAUUACCUAAAUGAACUGAAACAAUAGAAAAUAUAUUUUGUAAAAAAUAAUAAUCUGAACAUCAUAUAGUGUACAGUGUCUUUUUGCUCACAAUCGCCAUACAACAUGCAGCAAUAUUACUGGUAACUGUGGAACCAAUUACCCUGCCCUCAGAUUAUACAGAUUAAAGAUUUCUUGUAGCUGGGCAGAGCAGCCUCAGAACCCCCUUGCCUAUUUAUGGUAAGAAUGGCAACAUGGCACUAUGUUGGACCGGGGUAUUGUUUAGGAAGGUGGUUAUUUUGCGCGGGGUGUGUGUUGUUGCUACUGUUAAUGUUAUUUUUUGUAUUUUUAUUUUGGUUCUUACGUGGAAAAUGUUCAGUUUUGUGUACUUUUUGAUGUUUUGUUUAUUGUCUGAUAUGUUGUAAGAUGCCUUAAGCAUGGUUUUAACUUUGGAAAGGUGGCAUACAAAUAAAAUGAUUGAUUGAUGUUUAACAUUCCAUGUGCACAAGCAUAUCAGCUUGCCAGAUGGAACAAUCCUGCCCCACUGCCUCAUUCUGGAUUAUGGGCAGGAGGAGGGGGAGGAGCCCCAUUGCACAAGUGAAAUAUUUUGUACAGUGCUUCCUAUACAAACCACUUGAUAUUAGUAAAGAAGGGGGGGGGGGAAUUGCUGCAAAACAAUUGACCAUUCAGCAUCACAAAAAUUCUAAUCUCAAAAUAGAAGUCUACAUAAUUCUAUAUGUAAUAAAGAGAUCUUUUUCACAGGCUUUCCCUGACCAGGUUAGGCCCUGGUUUAUGUGUAUUAAUGCAUUGAAUCUGUUUUAAAUGCUUUUUGUUUUCAUGCAGUUUUAUUGAUUUUAGGCUGUAUUUUUGUUUUAAUGGAUAUUGUUUCACUAUUGUAUGUAAGGCACACUGCUUAGAGACUUUUAAAAUAUGCAGUGGUUUAGAAAUGCUUUUAAGUAAGUGUUAAAACGUAUGCCGGGAGGGCAGUAUAGAACAGUGUGCCACACCGGUGGCCCAGAGGUGGAACAGAAAUUAAGUUAUAUAUUCUGAAAGGACCUUGUUCUCUAUUGUUAUUUAAAUGUUUUUUCCUGUCUUUCGCUUCCCCAGUGUUUUACCUCUAUCUUUCAAAAUCAUCAGCGUCGCAAUAAAGUGGCAAAAAUGACGGAGUUCUGGCUGAUUUCUGCUCCUGGGGAAAAAACAUGUCAGCAGACAUGGGAGAAGCUGUGUGCUGCAACCAUAAAAAAUAACAACCUUUCUACCAAUGCAAAGUUUAACAUUCCAGAUUUAAAGGUAUACCCAUUCAAAAGCGCAUGGUUUUGUAUUCAAACUGUUUGCACCUUAAGUUUAGGGGAAAUGAGACAUGAUGGUACAAACACAGCACACUCCUAUUGCCAAAUAAUAUUUGCCUGCUAAUGUUACUUUGCUUACUAAAUGAAGUACCGUAAUUGUAAAUCACUUACCUAACUUGUGAAUUUGUGGAGUGCAUGCUCCUAUCUUCCACUGGAACUAUAUAGUAAAGGGGCUGUUAGGCUUUUUGAAAAUUCCAAAUUAUAUUUUAUUUAAUUUGCCUCCCUGAAUGCAGUAUCACAAGCUAAUGCUGAAUGUACUUGUGAUAUAGAACAAAUGGUCAGACCAACUUAGAAAACCAUUUUCUAUUCCCUACUAAGAUUCAUGGACUCCUGUUCCAAUGUACUGGCAUGGAUAAUCUCUAACACUGUAGUUGCAGGCAGAUGAUAAAUAAAAUUAUUAUCUUUAAAUUUCAAUGCAAUGUUGUUUUAAAAAAGGAAGACAAUUUUUAGACUGAAAUCAUAUGCAUGCAAACUUGGAAAUAAAUCCCAUUGUAUUUAAUGUGGGACUUCUUUAUGAUUAAAAAUGCAUAGGAUUGCACUGUUAGUCUAAUAGUUCCUUCUUACAGUUACCUUGUUAUAUAUGUUCCAUCUAAAAUAAUUCUCAUUCUUUCCUUUAUAGGUUGGUACCCUUGAUGUGUUAGUUGGCUUGUCUGAUGAGCUGGCUAAACUGGAUACAUUUGUGGAAAGGUAACUACUUUUUAAUAUCCACCUAAUAUCACUGCUCACGUUUCUUCCAUUUUGUUGCAAUAUAGAAGCCUAUGUAUCAUCUGCUAAUUGUCUGGUUUUUAGGUCAACCAGCUUAAUGACUGUCAGUGUUAGCACAUAAUGGAAAGCGAAGAACCUUUGUGGAAUAAACCAUACUGUGCAUGCAGCCUAUUGCUCCCACGUACCUCCUCUGGUGUGAGCAGAUAAACUAAACAAGGAAGGAGUCAUUUAGUAUUGUGACCAACCCCAGGGAUAUGCUUUGCUUUUUCCUAACACGCCAGGAUAGCUAGCCAGCUUUAAGCUGCAGUUUGCUUUUGGCAUUCCAAUCCUUGCUUGUUAUUGCCAAACUGUGGUUUCAGUCCUGAGUUUGUGUAAUGAUAAAGCUAUCCCUGUCUUAUUUUCUUUACUUUGUCAGUUGCCAGCAAUCAGGUUACGUGCACAGUAUGGUUUAUUAUGCCAUAUUUCUGAGUCUCCAACAAUAUUUUGGGUUAAUUAGCUACUUCUUGGUUUGGACAACCAUAACAAGUCACAACAACCAAACUGGCAAGCAGUGGUUUGAGUUUGCCCUCCAAACUAGGUAUGGAAUUCCAAUCCUGCUUUGCUAGGGAGGGUAACAGGUGAAAACAAGGAUCACCUGGAGGCUCUGGAAUGCUACCUGUGAACCAACCCAAUGUGUUAGUCUUAAGUACUUGCAGUUUCGCCAUGUUUUGGAACGUGUGAUUGUGCUUUGACUGUCUGCAUUGCUAAAAUGAUCUCUGAGAACAUAAGAGCCCUGCUGGAUCAGAUGAAAGGCCCAUCCAGUUCAGCAUUCUGUUCUCAUGGUAGCCAAACAGGUACAAACAGAAGAAGCAAGAGUGCAACAGCACUCCUCCUAUUUUCUGAACCGCCCUGAGACCCCUGGGUAUAGGGCAGUAUAUAAAUUCUUUUUUUAAAAUUUUUUUUUAAUUUUUAAAAAAGUAAAGGGACCCCCGACCAUUAGGUCGAGUCGUGGCCGACUCUGGGGUUGUGGCGCUCAUCUCGCUUUAUUGGCCGAGGGAGCCGGUGUACAGCUUCUGGGUCAUGUGGCCAGCAUGACUAAGCCACUUCUGGAGAACCAGAGCAGCGCAUGGAAACGCCGUUUACCUUCCCGCUGGAGCGGUACCUAUUUAUCUACUUGCACUUUGACGUGCUUUCAAACUGCUUGGUUGGCAGGAGCAGGGACUGAGCAACUGGAGCUCACCCCGUCACGGGGAUUAGAAACACCGACCUUCUGAUCGGCAAGCCCUAGGCGCUGUGGUUUAACCCACAGCGCCACCCGCAUCCCAUAUAAAUUCAGUUUUUUAAAAAAGAUCCCUAGCAUCUAAUCUUCAGAGACAUACCGCCUCUGAUACUAGAGUUAACUAGUGCACUUUAUCGCCUGACACGGGAGCGAUUUUUAGAUAUUGGCCUAACAGAAAACAAUGAAAAAUUCUUUGAAUUGAGUAAAACUGACAAAAAUCAGAGAAAGUGCCCAGUCUUAAAUGACACAUAGCUUUUGAAGAGCAAAGAACAGAUCUUAAACCAUAACAAAUUUCAUGAGCAGCAUUUUGGAGUGUAUCAUGGGGGACAAUUUGUUGUCAGUUUGAAACAGUUCUGUGAAAUCAAUUGUGACAUAAUUGUGAGUCUCAUUUGAUACAGCCCCCAAGUUGCUGAAACGUUUAGUCCACAGACAGAAAGACGAAUAGGAUCUUAAUUUUAUUUUAAUUUUUCUCUUCUCUUCAGUGUUGUCAAGAAGGUGGCACAGUAUAUGUCUGAUGUGCUGGAAGACAGUAAAGAUAAAGUUCAGGAAAACCUUCUGGCCAAUGGAGGUAAAUGUUAGCUUUCUGAGAAGGGUGACAUUGAAAGUUGAUGGUUUGAGCAUAAAUUCAGAAGUGAUGCAUAUGAGUCAUAGGAAAGCAUUUUCUGCAACACAAGUGAUCGCAAAAAUUCAAAGCAAGCAGAAAACCUAGAAACCAACCUAUAAAUGUAAUAUCUAAAAGGAAGCGUGCUCUUCAGCUGCAGUUCUGCUUUCCCUACCUUGUUUAUAAUUCUAGAUUUUUAUGUGAUCAGUGUCUUCUCCUUAGUUACGUUAAGCACAAGCUUUUCAUGUAUGCUAAUUUAAACAUCCUUGAAAUAGAUAGAUAUGUUCAUUGCAUUAAAAAGACAUACAAAUAAUUAUGAUGAUACUGAUGUUGUCCAUUAAAUCUUUGAGUGUGAUAUCUAAUAAUAGGCAUAUUCAAAGUAGCCCCAACUGAGAACAAGGGCAAGAUACUUAGGUCUGUUGUUUUCAAUAGGUUUGAUCUCAGUGCAACUUAGUUGGCUAUCACCCUGAGUCUAUAGUAUCAGAAAGAAAUGAAAAAUACUGUCAUACCCAAAGAAUAGUGUGAAAGAUGCCCUGUUGGAAUGCUGAUCCAUUUUUCCCCUUGCAGUCCUAUUAAAAAGUGACACCACAGAUGCUUUUGUAAGAGUAGGGGUGCCAUUUCUGAAUACCAGUGAAAAAAUUGAUGUGAUGUGUGUAAUAUGCCUUCAGAGUUUACUAAAGUAACUUCUGAAAGAGGGUUGGGGAAUCUGUGGCCCUCCAGAUGUUGGAAUCAAGCUCCCAGCAAGUCCCAGCUAGCUUGGCCAAUGAUUGAGGCUGACGUCCAACAAUCUCUGGAAGGCUGCAAGUUCGUCAACCCCGUUCUAACAAGCGUUUCAUCGCCCCUAAACCAGUGUAUCAUGGCUGGCUAAAAUAAGUGUUAAGCUGUCCCAGAGUAGAUUUUUAUAAUUGGUUACCACCUGUAAAUCUAGGUUAUCAUUAGGUGACCUGAAUAAAUAGAACACAGCAAUCCAGUAUUUUUAAUUAUGUCGAAAGAAAUUGUCUGGUGGGGGCCACUUCUGCUCCUGUAGUACUGUCACAACAAUGCCCUGUCAAAAUGCCCCCCUCUCAGCAACUAAAGGUAAUGGGGGUCCAUCCUGUUAUUGCUUCUGAUCCACUCUAAUGAUGUAUGUGCACAAAAUUCAUAUAUGAAAAGAAACAUCCCAAACAGCAUACCUUUUAAUAUGGCCUUGCUGCAAUGGCUUCUAAACUUUCUUACACUACAUAUAAUCUUUCCUGUGUUUUAAAAGGCAAACAUCUAUAUAAAGUCUCCAGGAGCAUUGCUUGGUAGGUGUAUUUAUUCAUUCAUACAGGUUGUGCGCCAUCCCAUAACGUAAAGUUCUCUGGCUGGCUUAAAAUAGUUGUGUAAAAAAGCAACUGAAAUUCCAAGUAAACAUAGCCAUUUUUAAAAGAUGGGAACCCUAGAUAAAUAAACCAAACGGAACUCCACCCACCUAAAGUUAAAAACAGAUUUUAGAAAAAUGGGCCAGAUAACUUAAAUGAUUUAAAAGUGAGCAGAAAGGUCUUCUUAAGGAUAAGAAAUAUGAAGCCAGGCUGUUCCAUAACCGAGAUGCCACUCUCCCAGCAGUGACUCACCACACUUCAUUCAAUGGGGGCAGCCAGAGCUGGGUCUCUGAAGAGGAACUUGAGGUCUGAGUAGGUACAUAGAGGAGAAGAUGGUCUUUCAGAUAGCCUUGGCCAAGUUCAGAGCUUUUGAGGUUAAACCUGAAUUUUAAAUUGUGCCCAUAAAUCAGCCGGGAGCCAGAACACCUCACAAAGCACAAGUUUGUGCUCAGUUUGCCAAUACCAAUAUUCAAUCAUUGUGUUCACAGUUGAUUUGGUCACCUACAUAACAAGGUUCCAGUGGGACAUGGCAAAGUAUCCAAUCAAGCAGUCUCUGAAGAAUAUUUCAGAAAUAAUUGCCAAGGUAGGUUUAUAUUAUCCAAAGAGGUAUGAAACUUGUGUUAUAAUCUCUGUGGUACAUGCACCAGGGUGUGGUAAAAAUUGCUUCUGCUUUUUAGUCUCUUUGAUGUUCUUUUUUUAAAAAAGAAGAAACCAUCAAAAAUCCCCAAAGUGACGAACAAGUGCAGAAAGCUUCUGUGGUGCAAAAGCUCCCCCCCCCCCCCCCAAAAAGCAUACAGUGAUUUAUCAGGCAGAUCAAUGAAAACAUUGACCUGAGGUUUUAGGAAAUGGAAAAUUGCCUCCUAUUAACAUUAAGAAAGGGGGGAACCUGGAAAAGGUCAGGUAGUAGACUAACCUCUCAUCAGGGUCUUGCAUUCUCUGGAAAUAUAAAUACGGUUAAUAAAAUAUAGCUAUGCAACCCAGUUGGGCAUCUUACAGUACUGAAUACUUGUAAGUGACAAAAUUGGUAUUGAUCAGACAUUUCAGAGGAAGGAAUACAGAAUGGAAACAAAGCUAUAAAAUAGGCACAGUUGCACAUGGUUAAAAUAACAAAAUCCAAGUAAAGACAUCAUCGUUAGCAGAUUAUCAAGUAUAGUUCCAGAUUUGCCAUGUUUGUCUUGUUCAGUGCAAACCUACAACACCAUAAAUUUGUAUUCGUUUAUAGUUUGCCCAUUUAUGAAGGCUUAGUCCUACACUGGCAAAUGUGGAUUAUCUUGUCCAAAAGAUUAUUGAUCUAAUUUUCUUGUCUGUCUGUGCAGCCUUGCACCACAGUCCUAACUCAAAGGCUUGUUCUCUCCUACAACUUAUGCCUUCUCUCCAAACUGGCAGGAUGUAGCAAUCCUGUUUCCUAACCGCACUAAUUGUGACUAAGACUCCUCUAUACGGCAUUUGCCUUUGACAAAAACCCAAGCCUUUUCUUUUUCUUCCCAUCCCCACUGCCCUGCUUGUUUCUCCUAUAGAUAUUUGGGAAUGGAUGGGAAUAGCUUCUAAUUAGGGAAUAGCUCAAAGAAGGGAAGCUCUUUUUCCAGCUGCAGGGCGGCUGGCGACUGCUCUCUAGGAAGAGAUUCAUCUUGCUUAGUGAAAUAGCUGGUAGAUUAACUGUCUAAAUAAAUCAUCACCAAUGAUGAAUGGUGCCAUUGUGCUAAAGAGGAAAGGGAAGAUAAAGCCAACUAAAGUGCCAUUUGUGGAUAGUGAGGCGUGCAGUUGUAGCCUUCCCUGGGUGGUCACCACAGCCAAAUCAUUGCUUUUCUUCUAGUUGGCCUCUUGGCAAUUCCCUGCAGUAAUUCCCCAAAUAUUUCAUAGCUUCACAUAAGUAUGGGAACAAUAACUAUUCUGUAUUGUAAAAGGAAGUAAAUAGUCCCUCCCUGCCAGCUCUGUGAUCAGUUUUGUUUCCAGUCCUUCAGAAAACUCUUGGGUGAUGCCUUUCCCUUUCACCGUGAGCGCUGUUUACUUGAGCAGCAAUUCAUUAACUACCAGCUCUUUCAGUAGAUGCUCCUAAAUACCACUUUUAUCUGCUAGAUUUCAAAUCAGGCAUACUUCCUUGAACAAGCUUCUGUAGUCCUUCUGUGUUAAGGUUGAAGCAGGAACUGCCACCCAAGUUCACAGUAAACCAUUAAUUGUUUGCUGUGAUGUGCUAAAUGGACCACAGUGGGUGGUAUCCCCCUAUUUUACAGAGAGUAGGACCAAUUAAGACUGGAGUUAGCCAUGGCUAUUAUUUUAACUGGGACUACUCUGAGUAGGAUGAGCAUUGGAUAUAGCCCUGUGAUUUUGAAACUAUUCUAUUGGAACAACUUAGGAAAAAAGUUGUUUCAAGGCUGAAAAUCCACAUGGGUUUUCCAGAAAGGAUCCAAGACCAGACCUAGUUAGAAUUUAAAAAAUAAAUUAAAAAUAAAUUUAAAAAAAUAAUCUUUGAUGGAAAACUCUAUGGUUGAGACCCACAGGCUGCCAGAAAAAAAAACUGGGAGUCUAGGGCAACAGUACCUCUUAAGGUGCACUUAAAACAGAGAGGAGUUUCAAGAGUGAUUUGAUAGUGUAUGGAGGUUAAAUGUCCAAAGGGAAAGGAAUCUGAAUUCCAUUGGGUGUGUGGAGGCCCUGGGGUAAGCCUCAAGUAUGUUUCUGGAUCCCACCCCCACAUCAUUAGCAACUUCAGUGACUGUUUUAGCCAAGUGCAAGCUCCAUUGAAAUGGGUCAUAUAUGCUACAAAAUAAUGCUAUUUCAUUACUUCUGAGAAUAAUUUUCUGUCUUUAAAAAAAGUUCAUAAAAAGGGGAUUCCAAGUCGUAAUCCUUUUUAAGGCAAUUACAGAUUUUUCGAACUCAGUUUACUAAUAUAGUAAACUUCUUUAAGAAACUGUGUGUAAGUGAUAAUCUGUGGCCUUCUUCAUCCUGGUGUCCUCCAAGGGCAUAUGGAAAAUCUAGUCCAAAACAUCUGGAGGAUAAUAACUGGAAUGCUGGCCAGUGAAUGUUGUCUCGUUUUCCUAGCCUGAUAUUCAUUUGCACAUAAUUGUCAUUUUUAUAGGAAAGUCUAAUGCAGUAUUUAAAUCCUUCUUAGAAAACACUGAUAUAGUUUUGCUUCUGAAUUUUGUCCUUUAAAGGGAGUGACUCAGAUUGAUAAUGACCUGAAGGCAAGGGCGUCUGCAUACAACAACCUGAAAGGCAACCUUCAGAACUUGGAAAGGAAGAAUGCGUGAGUUGUCUUCUUCUGUAAGGUGAUCUGAAAGCAGGCUGAUGAAUUUGAUAUGUUCAGUAUGACUUUUGAUUUCUGAAUUCAUACAUUUCUCAGUAAGGGCCUAAGUUAGCAGACUGCCCUACCUCUGGGUUUGAACAUACUGUACAAGGUAAUGGUGGAGUUAAAGCCACAUUUGAAACAAUCUAAGAAAAAAAUCUGAAAAAAGAGGGAAGAAACAUAUUUGCCAUCAUGUUGAAGUCAUACAGAGAAUUGUACAACAACCAGCCAUAUAGUUACUUGUCAGUCUUGAGUAUCACAGCACAUGAUCUUUGUUUUCAGAUAACAUUAUCACAUCACAGCUAUAAUAGAAAAUUUAAGUGGCGGGCUCUGCAUAUCAUGCAAGUUUAUCUGAAAACUUGGGAUUUCAUACUUUACCAAGCUUGUUAUCCACUCACUUGGAUUGAGAUUUUGGCUAUUUGUCAGUAAAAUAAUUGAUUGAUUUUGAGGCAUGUCUAAUUGAUUAUAGCACAUUAGGAGCACUAUAAAAAUUGUAGCUAUUCGCUGCCAAAAGUCUUAUUAUUCAGAUCAAAUUAAAUAUAAGAAUUAUACACUCAUUUCUUGAUCUUCUUGUUCUUUAACAGGGGAAGUUUGCUAACCAGAAGUCUGGCUGAAAUUGUAAAGAAAGAUGACUUUGUACUUGAUUCUGAAUAUUUGAUUACGUUGUUAGUGGUUGUACCAAAGUAAGUCUGUCUCCUGGUCCCUAAAAGAAUCCUUGCUGAAACGUAAAGACAAGCAUACAGAAUGUAUUAAGAGGAAGGGAUAUUUCACAGAAUGAUUUGUUUGCUGAAACUGGUAUGUUACCAUGGAACAAUUAAAGGCACAUGUGGAAAUGUGCAAUCCACUUCUAAGGGACAGAGGAACAGACAUUGUCUUUACAUCGUCUCAACAUCAGCAAAAGCAUUCAAUGUUUGCAUUGUAAGUUGAAGCCCUUUCACAAGCACUGCAAAAUCUGUUCAUUUAUGAAGUCAGUUGAGAAAUCUAGCAAAGCUGCGAAAACUGACCUCCAGGUUUCAGAAAUUCUCAUUGAUUUGCUCUAACCUAUUGAAGUGUUUAGCUUGUAAAUUGGAUUUACUCAAGUCAGUCAACAUUUUGCUUCUUAUCACUGCAUUUAUCUUCCCUGCCCUAACUCUCUCUACAUUAGCCUGCAAUCUUAGUAAAGUAUUAGCAGGCCAGGCAAACGAGGCUAUUAUUUGUAAUAAUAUUUUAGUCAAAGUAAAUUGUGUUGAGGAUGUAUCUGAGUUGGUCGAAGGAUGCCGAUAGCUCAUGGAAAUUUAUUAGCUUAAAAAAAAAGUAAAACUGGGAAUACUAAAUAAAAAGGUAUUGUCUUGGGAAAAGAAGACAUUUUUAGGCCAAUAAAGAGUUGAAACUAAAGAAUAAGGUGUUGAGUUUAGCUUCUUGCUUAAUUAUGUAGAACAUUCUGUACAUCUAAAAUUAUAUACACAACAAAAACUUAGUUUCAUAUUUCUAUAUUUAAUUUUACCCCAUGCCUGCUUUAUUCUGGGUGUUGAAUGGGGCUUGCAGUGCAAGCCUAUGCAUAUUUGCUUUUAAAGUAAGUGUCCAUAAAAAUGCAAUGAAAAAUAUGCACUUUGAGUUGUUGUUGUUGUUGUUGUUACUGUUGUUUUUAUUGUUAUUAUAUCCCAUUCAUCUGGCUGGGUUUCCCCAGCCACUCUGAGUGGCUUGCAGCAUAAUAAAAACAUCAAGUAUUAAAAGUUUGAUCUCUGCUCUAAUGCAGUGUUCUACCCUGUGAAAACCAGGAGUGCUUUUUUCCUAUGCAAUAAAAACAAGAGUUUGCAAUAGGUAUUGUUCAUUACAAUAACUUCCUUGCAAGUCCUGGGUCAACAGUAUGAUCUUAAAGCUGUACUGGAGAACUUAACUCUGUCUAAGUCUUAAGCUGUACGCACCACUGGGAAUGAAUCCGUGGAGUUCAGAAUAAAUUGAGUAAAGAUACAUACAAUAGUGCUAUAAAACUAUUUCCUGACUUAGCACCUGACAGAGCAACAUCUGAUGCAGUGCAAAGUUCUUCUGUAGAUGGAAAGGAAACUAGGCAGCCCCUCUUUGUAUUCAUGGAGAAAGCUGGAGGACACAUGAGACGGCUCCUUGGAUCCUGGGUGUAUCCUGUGUGUACACCCAGUGUAUCCUGAAAACACUCGUGGUGCUGAUAGUGGCAAAAAGAACUUUGUGCUCCCUUCCCCAGGGAUUUUGGUUAAGACAACUAAUGCUUAACUUUUCCAUCUUUAGGAUAAAUUAUAAUGACUGGAUGAAGCAGUAUGAAACUUUAACGGAUAUGAUAGUUCCACGAUCCAGCAAGUAAGUUUGAUUCCACUUACUUAGGAACACAGUUGAAAAUAGGCUGAUGUACUCCAAAAAAAGGAGAAACAGCUUUUGGAGACUUGGUUUGCCCAGUACUAUAACACCCCCCCCCAAAAAAAAAGUUAGUUCUCUUUUAGAAUUCUUUCAUCACCUUGUGAUUUGAGUCUUUGAAUCCAUUUCCCCAGAAACUGCAUUCCUGAACAAUGAAUACAAGUGCCACCUUAUACUGAGUCUGGUUCCAGUAACGCCCAGUAAUGUGUGCAGCCAGCUGUACUGUUGGCCACAGCCCAACCACAUGGUACAAUUGUUAGGAGAGGUGAUGUUCAAAAAAGCAUAUUUUUGUCAUUUGGACUUGAAGGUUGAAAGUCCAGUAAUCUUCUACUGGGCCAACUGCAUUAGAGGAACCUUUGGUUUGCUCAGAAUUUGUUUUAUGGGGCAAGGGCGGGUGCAACUCUCAUUCUCGCCCCUCCUCUGAAGCAGGAUCUGUUCUUCAGUUCGAAUGCUCCAUUCACUUUACUAAGCAGGCAAGAUUGGGAAAGCUACUGAAAGCUGUUAAGUAGUGUUGCAAAUUUGAGGUCAUUUUCUGAGAGAACACUUAAAUUGCACUCAGCGGGUUUAAUGCAGCUAGCUUUGCUCAGAAAGGACAACGCUUUGAAUGUGAAAUGCGACUCGAGCACUUCUCCUGUGAAGCGUGGCAAAGGUGAGCUGCAAUUACUCCUCUAAUAGAGGUACACCAUCUGUAAGCCUAGCUCUGUAAUCGGAAGCAGUACAACUGUGCAGCAGCAGCACAUAAGCUGUUUUUGCUGGUCUUGCGUUACAGGUUUACAGUUUUUAUUGCCGUAUGUCUGUUCCUUUAUUUUUUGACCUGUACUCCCCGGUGUCUUUCAUUCUUUGCAGUGUUCUUUCGGAGGACCAGGAUAGUUAUCUCUGUAAUGUCACCUUGUUCAGGAAGGCCGUGGAUGAGUUCAGGCACAAAGCCAGGGAAAACAAGUAAGUGGUCCUCCUCCCAGGUUGUUUUUCUGCAAAAAAGCAAUCGUAAAGCAACCUAAAAUGGUCUGCUGGUCUCCCGAUGCAGGUUUAUGGUCCGCGACUUUCAGUAUAAUGAAGAAGAGAUGAAGGCAGACAAGGAAGAAAUGAACAGGCUGUCUACUGAUAAGAAGAAACAGUUUGUAAGUUCAAUGUGUGUUAAAUACAUUUGAAGAUAAUUCUUCAACACCCCCCAAAUAGUUUUUCCUUCCCUACAUCUGCCUUUAGGGACUAUUGAGACUAAUUCAUUGAUAUAAGAAACAUUGCAGUAAAUACAGAGCGAGCAAAGCAGCCUUUGACAGUAUGAAAGCUGUUAUUAGUAAUUGUAGGUUACAGUUUGGGCUACGCUUUCCACUGUUUGGCUAUUUAGUUUUCUAGAUGGCAUUGGGAUAUGUCAGGGCCCUAGAACCGUCCGCAAAGGCUGUGAGACAACUCAGCUCCCACCCAGUGCCCAUUACCUCCACAGAAGGAGAAUUUGUUGUGUGGGUCCCUUCCUGCAAGUAAGCUCUCAGAUGUUUCUGUGCAGUGCCCAGUGUAUUGCAGAUUGCUACCAUUUCUGUGGUUCUGAAUGCAUUACAUACAUCUCCUACUGGAGGUGCCCUAUGUAAUUUCUGAAAGAUAAAGAUCCAUGCCAGUGGAUAAGCUUGUUCCGUUUUCUUUCUGUCUACAUUUUCCUGAAUAAUUUCAUGACUUUUUAAAAGCUGAUUCCCUCCAUAUGAACCCGCCUAUCCAGUAAGAUCAUCAUUGGAAGCUCUCCAGAUCUGCCCCAGAGUUUCCCCCAACCCUCCAGAGCUGGUUUUGAGAGGGGGGUGCUGAUGAGGACAGGAGAGGAAGCACCACUGAGUCCAUGGAAAUGCAUUGUUCCAAGUCCAACUGCAGCCUUGGAUACUGUCCUAUGCAGUAAAAGGGACGCGGGAGGCGCUGUGGUCUAAACCACUGAGCCUAGGGUUUGCCAGUCAGAAGGUCGAAUCCCCGCAACAGGGUGAGCUCCCGUUGCUCGGUCCCUGCUCCUGCUAACCUAGCAAUUCAAAAGCAUGUCAAAGUGCAAGUAGAUAAAUAGGUACCGCUCCAGCGGGAAGGUAAACGGCGUUUCCGUGUGCUGCUCUGGUUCACCAGAAACAGCUUAGUCAUGCUGGCCACAUGACCCGGAAGCUGUACGCCGGCUGCCUCGGCUAGUAAAGCGAGAUGAGCGCUGCAACCCCAGAGUCGGCCACGACUGGACCUAACAGUCAGGGGUCCCUUUACCUUUACCUUUACCUACGCAGUGCUUUUUUUCUUUUAAAAAAAUGUUUAGGGCUACUCUCAUUUUCCGACUCAUAUUGAAAAACUGCCUCUCAAUGAGGCCAAACUUAGAUUCACAAAAUGUUUAGGGGUAUGUGUACCCCCUUGUCCCCCCAGAAAAAAACACUGGUCCUAUGUAUUUUUGAUGCCAGGUGAAGAUGGUCCCCCCCCGUCAUUUUAAUCUGUGACUAGGUGAACCCUUGACUUGGUCUUUUAUGUAAUUGCUGUGUGUAUUCUUGUUUCUGCUGUUUUUAUAUUACUGCUGAUAGUUUAUAGUUUUAGGUAAGCUUCCUCUGUCUUCAUAUAGAAAGGCAGGAAAUAAAUGCUUAAAAUGACAAGAUGUUGAUGUUUAGAAUCUCAGUUUUCCCAGCCAAAGGAUGCUUCCAUUAUCUCCUCUUGGCAUGCUUUGGCCUGUUCAUUCUACAGAGCAGCUGCAGUAACGUUGCCAUACACAAAACAGAUUUGAAUACAGUGCAAAGUCUCCUGAUGCUUAAAAUGACUUCUUGCUUUUCCCUUCCAAAUACAGGGGCCUCUAGUACGGUGGCUGAAAGUAAAUUUCAGUGAAGCUUUCAUUGCGUGGAUUCAUGUGAAAGCGCUGAGAGUCUUCGUUGAAUCAGUUUUGAGGUAUUUUUCUCUAUAGAUGAGCUAUUGCUCCAUUCCUUCAAGAAUCACUAGCAUUCCACAUGUUUGGUCUGGUGAAUCUUGGUAGCUGCGCUCUCUUGCACAGACACCAGGAUUAUCUGAAUCAAAUUACUAUUUACGCAUUAACUAGGAACAAGGCCAAUUUACUAAAGCAAUCAGACAAGCAGUGAGAUUAUUUUAAUAUUAAACUUUCGUGAUAUUCCAGAUACUUGCAUGAUCCACAAGGCAGAGAGGUGGUCUUCAAAUCUCCCCCUUUUCCUGCAGUCUGAUGUGCUACUUUGUUUCUGCUGUUAUUCUGGAUGUCUGAUGUUCUAAAGGGCAUCCCUGGAACAUAUUUGGGGAGGCAGACAGUAGCACAAUGGGCUGCAGAAGGGAUGAAAAUUCCGCUCCCUCGCCUUUUCACUAAUGGGAGCCUCCACUGGAGCAAAGUGCCUUCUUUCAGCAGAGGGACAUGACAUAUAUCAAAUUGGUUGCUGCUGCUCGCAAGAGCUAGAGGCAAUGUAGUGCAGUAAGGAGAUUUGCAGUAAAACACUAUAACAGUUUUAUGACAGCUGAUUCUUAAACUGAGAUAGCAAAUGCAGGAAAUAUGAUUACAUACAUACAUAAAUUUUAUUUGUAUGCUGCUUUUCCACAUUUCCAAUCAUUCUCAAGGUGGCUUACAACAUGAAAAAAUAUCCUAAGUAUUCAUAAAAAAUAAAGAAAAAGUUAAAAAAUACACAACCAAACUGCACAAUUUCCACAUUAAUCACAAGAAGAUCUGAAAUACAGAUACCAGACAACAACAGCAACCCUCCCCAGCAAAAAACCCCAAACAACACCCCAGCCCAAAAGUCUGUUCAGCAGCCUCAGCUUCUGUAGCCAGAGUCAGGGCCCUGCCAUCCCAGGCCAGGUGGAGAAGCCUUCAAGGCAAGGAGCAGACCUUCCAGGACUCACAGCCAGUAUGGUCCAAAGAUGAUUCCAAAACCUUUGAAUAAGACAAGUGUUCCAAAAUAAGAGAGUUAUCCCUUUCAGAUACCUGUUUUUCCCUCUUUUCUUAUCCUCCUGCCUGUUAAUUUGGCUUUGAGCACAAAGAGUGAACAGGUGCUUAUUCAAAAACUUUUGAAAUGUUUGAUUUUUAUUGACAGUUUUUUUAAACAAUACAGCAAACGACAACUGGUACAGAGACUCUUGAGUUUCAUUAAUGGCAGAGCUCAACAUAUUUGGGAAUUUUGCUGCCCCUUCGUAAUAGUAUAUUUCCAGAAUAACUGGCAGGAGUGGUGAUUUUGGCCCCUCUCCAUACUUCCUCCUCCACCCAUAUUCCCCCUCCACCCAAGCUAAUUUUACAUUGUCAGGUUCAUUGCUCAUCUAAGGCUUAUUGUCAUACUCCAUGAAACCAUCAUGUGACAAAAAUAAUAAUCGGAUGCUUAUGAAGCACAUGCAUAUUCCAUCACCAUAUCCCCACCUCCAUGAUGGGGAGAGCAGCAAUAACAAUUGAUCGAGCUGAACUGGCUGCCUCACUGUAUCACUAAUGGUGACAACAAUUGCAUUCCAGAAGUCUCAGAACUGAAGCACAUCCCCAACAGCUCUUAAAAUUACUUUGCUCCUCUAGGUAUGGUUUGCCAGUGAACUUCCAGGCUAUGCUCCUUCAGCCCAACAAGAAAACAAUGAAGAAAUUGAGAGAGGUUUUGUAUGACUUGUACAAGCACCUUGACAGCAGCGCAGCAGCAAUCAUUGAUGUAAGUAACUCGCAUUUUUACGACGUCCACCUACAAUCCAAAUUGUUGAAGCUGCGUUGCCUGAGAAUUUUCUUACACCAACGAGACACUAUCUGGCUCAGCCACAUCUACCAGCAUGGGAGCUGGUGCUGAUUGGACAGUUUAUAAGUUUGCCCGGAUGUUGGUAAAGUAGAAACAUGGUUGAUUCGUAGUCUUAGGUCCUGCUAGAAGGGAUGGCCCUGUGCAAACUACUAAAACAGCAAUUAAUGCCACAAUGGCAGAUUUGGAACAAUCACCUCCCGUUCAGCAUCACUUGGUGCCAUGGAGACUCUGUUGAUAGAGGCAGAUGGUGUCAUUUAUCAAUCUCAGUGGAGCUAGUGGGACUGGUUGAGAGUCUCAUUAAAUUCUGAAGUUUCCCAGCUAUCACUUUUUUUAAAAGUGAAAUGUUUGUGUUGUGUGGAAGUGGAGAAAAUCUUGAAAUUUUGCUUGUCAAGCAUAUGUUCUGUCACAAAGCUAUGACCCUUCCGCAGUGGGAAGGAAAUUUUAAAAUGUACCAAAAAGAUAAAAUGCAGGUGGUUUUUGUCUGAGUCUAAGCAACAGUACUUGUACGUGUUUAAAGAAAAUAUGUGGCCAUUAACUCUCCUGCUAAACUCUUAGUUAUUGAGUUUAAAAAAAUAAACUUGUCUUUUAUAGGCAACUAUGGAUAUUCCAGGUUUGAACCUCAGUCAGCAAGAAUACUACCCCUAUGUGUACUACAAGAUAGACUGCAACUUGCUCGAAUUUAAGUAGAUGACUUCUGACCCUGACCAUCCUCCCAUAAUAUUGGUGUCCAAGAAGAAAAGGUUGAAGAAUGGUGAUGCUCCUAACUCUCUCCUGUAAACCUGUUGUUUGCUUGCUUCCUCCCUCGCGUAGGAGAAUAAUCCCCAUAGUGGUCCAUCUCUUUGACAUUUUCUUUUAAAAGAGAAAUGUAAGUAUCGCUUUUAAAUUGAUCAGGUCUGUAAAUGUAUAUUGAGAGAAUCAGAGUGUAUUUAUAAAUAGUCCUUAUUUAAAAAAAGUUUUUAAAGGGUCAUUCCUCUUUCGUACCGUGGUCUGCAUCAAUUCCAUUGACUAUCCUCCGGGAAGAACUUGUUUACAAAGGAAGAUUGUGGGGAGAAAACUUAAUGCCAUUUUGUUCACUGUGUUUCAUAGAUAUAAAACUUGUAAACAUUGUUAUUGAAUUGUGAUGUAAAAUAUGUGGAGAUUGAUAUUCAGUCUGUGCUUUCUGAAUGUUUUAAACUUAUGCACAGGAAACAUUCACAGGAGAAAAAUAAAAGCACCUGUACUACUGUAUU